AUGAAGUGUGAGAAGAAUAGAGAGAGCCUCUUUUCAACUGCAGAGCAUUGGGCAUGCAGAAGGAUUGUGAAGGCCACGAGGCCUAAUACAAGCUUAGUAAUUUCGUUACUUAACCAGGAAACCAUUCGGUCUCAUCGAAAGUUUGGUCAAAUAUCUUGUCCUACUUUAUGUGGCAGUCUCAGAGGGACAACGGACAGUUUGCCGCACAACAUUUCCUUGAACCGCUUCUUCUGUAAUAAAAAAGUGGAGUUCCUCAUUAAGGGUAGGGCCAUGGAGGGACAAAGUGUAGUUGUGAUCCAUGAUGCAUCUAGAGAAAUCAAUGUAAGAAUUUUUGAAUGGUCUCUACAAGGCUUGUCACUCGUGGCAGGAGAUAUGCUCACACUAAUUGCAGUCAUGCACCAAGUUAUCACUCCUAUGGGGUACAAAAGCAGUGUGGAUAGCAGGUUAAUGUUUGGAGCAAACCAGAAGAUUGUUGAGGCACAAGCUGCAAGGAAGAAGAAAGAGUAUAUGAACAAUAAACACCUUGCUCAGAUUUUUCAACUGUACAAAUCAGAAAAGGUUGGAUUUAAGAUAGAAACGGCUAUAGGAUCAUCACUAAAGGCAGUUGCAGUGAAAUCAGCCCUGAAGCUGAAGGCAACUUGGCUCAUACUAGACAGGAAAAUGAAGAAUGAUGAGGAGUAUUUCCUCCAGAAGCUUUCCUGUGGUAUAUUAAGAGUAAGGCGUUUCAACAAAAUUAUACGUUUAAGAGAACCACUACACCUCCCUCAUGAAAAACGCCCCGGUAGCAGCACCCAUGAAACAUUGACUGACAGUACAGUAACAGACUAUCCGAUGAACCAGAGACAAAACAGCCCCCAUGAUGAAGCAUGGUACUCAACUCCUGAUCAACUGAGUACAGAAAAAAAGAACAAUAGUAUCAAGCAAAUGGAUGAAGAACCAAAAACAAGCAGAAACCAUGGUAUGGAGAAGGACCUACAACCUAAACAGAAGUCAGUAGAGAAAAAUUGUGACAUAAGUUGUAGUGGAAGCAACAGUGAAACAAAACAGAAAAAUUCGUACACCUUGUCUCAGAAUGGAGAAAAACUCUCAUCUCUUGGUGGAGCUAAAAACUUUUUUCUUGGAAAGGCUGAAGAGUACAUACUGUCUGAAAAGUUUUUUAGUUUGAGUAAUUUUCACGUGAGGAACUAA